AUGGAGCAAUCACCUGGUCAUAAUCUAAUUCAAUUCACUCUCUCAGACUUGGAGAAAGCAACAAAAGGUUUCAAAUCCUCUUACAAGAUUGGAGAGGGUGACUUUGGUGCCUUUUACAGAGGCACCAUCAAACUUAGUGGGAAAAGAACACCAGUCCUUAUCCAACAGAUUCAAGGACAUGUACUAAAAGCCAAGAGUGAUCAUUCUUGGGUGAAAGAAUUAAACACUAUUGCAGCAAUGAAGCACCAAAACCUUCUAAACUUGGUUGGAUAUUGCCUUUCAGAGGGUGUCAGAUUUGUAGUAGGAGAAUGUAUAUGCAUUGGAAGCCUUAGUCACUUUCUGUCCGAGUUGUCACUGUCAUGGGUAAAAAGACUUACCAUCUUACAAAGUGCUGCCCGGGCUUUGGAGUAUUUUCAUGAACAUCAGAUAGUAUUGAGGAGUUUCAAAUCUUCCUCCAUUGUCAUUGAUGAAAAUCUGAAAGGCAAACUUUUUGACCAAGCAGUUGCUACAUUUACAGAGACAGAGAUGCAAAACUGUACUCAAAGUGCUGGACAACUUGAUUGGAGUUUCAUGGGCUAUACGACUCCAGAAGUUGAUCCUCUUAAUAAGAUCAAAUCCACGGACAAUGUAUACAGUUUUGGUGUUAUUCUGCUGGAAAUAAUCACUGGCAAGCCUGCUUUCGACGUUAACAGGCCUAAGAAUGAGAGGAAUCUAGUGGAGUGGGUCAAAUCUUCUGUGUCUGGAGACGAAACCAAGCUGGCACAGAUUAUGGACCCCAACCUUAAAGGCACACCUGGGUGUGAAAACUCUGCUAUGAGAGUUUUGACAUUGUCUGGCAAGUGCACGGAGGAAGACCCAAAAAAGCGUCCCAGCAUGAGUCAAGUUCUUAAGGAGCUUGCCCCAAUUGUGGAAGAAUCUAAAAAAAUUCAUAAUGAAUCUGUUGCAAUGGAGAGACAAGCAGAUGAUCUUAUCUUGUGUACUGGAGUUGCAGAAGCAAUAGGACACCUGCUUUCAGCCUUAGUUCACGCACUAUGA